AUGGAGUAUCUCCAAAACAUUUCCAAUGCAAAUGUUUGCUUAUCCGGUGGCGCUGAAGGUGCUGAUGUGGCGUGGGGAAACUGUGCUGCAGCGGCUGGUCACGGAGUUAUUCACUGGAGCUUUCCAGGCCACUCAAGCCCGGCCCCAGAAGGUCAGAUCAUUCGACUCGACGAUGAACAACUGAAGGCGAGCGAUGAAGCUCUUCAAGACGCAGCAACAGCUCUUGGUCUAAGCCCGCCGCAACGCCCGGUAGUUGCUCGUCUGUUGCGACGCAAUUACUACCAAGUGGCUUGGAGCCAAGCGUGCUACGCUGUGACCUUUAUGGAAGAUGGACGCCAAGCGCUUGGUGGAACUGUGUGGGCGACUACAAUGUUUCUACAGUUACACCCAGGAAAUCACGAGCUUUAUAUCUUUGAUCAGAAUAGGGACGUUUGGCUGAAGUGGAAUGGCGAGUCUUGGGAUCUUGAUGAUAUGCCGCCUCGUCCCACGGGAGUAUGGGCUGGUAUUGGAGCUCGUAGUCUUACGCAGAGUGGUUAUGAAGCGAUUCGGAAGCUGAUGGGCUGUGCUACUGGAGAUUGUUGA